UGAGGUUUUCCAUCUGAAGCCUCACGGUGGCGUCAGUUUACCGUCACACGGCCCUUCACAAUACAAGUGAAGUUCACACAGGCACCGGCCCGUCAGGAGCGCGUGGGAGCGCGCUUGUGGGGAAAGUGGGCGCGAGCGUGCCGGAGGAGUUCGCUCGCGCCGCGGCUCAGGAACAAGGAACUUCGACGCUCAACUGCCCAGCAAGACCCAUGAACGCCAAACUGGUCAUGUUUCUUUAGCCCUAGCCCACGAAACACCUGGAAUAUCUCAUCAGCUGAUUCCAUAUCAACCCAACAGACCUCACCAUGCUCUACUCCUUCUGCCAUUGACCUUUGACCUCUGACAGCAAUGGCGGACCGCUCGCUGGCUCCAGGUCAGAAGUAUAUAGAGGUGGAGUAUGACUACGAAUACAAAUCCAAAGACCGUUUGAUCAUCAUUAAACAGGGGGAAAAUUACCUGCUUGUGAAGAAGACCAAUGAAGACUGGUGGCAGGUGCGUAAGGAUGAGGCCAGUAAGCCCUUCUAUGUCCCAGCGCAGUAUGUGCGGGAGGUGCGACGUGCUCUCAUGCCCCCUCCCAAACCCCUCAGUGCAGCAGGCCGAGGGGGGACCGGACCUAUUCGACCAUCUGGCCUGGAGAUUCAGCGGCCAGAUGACAACAAAAAGAGCCCGUGUCCCUCUCCCUCCGGCAGUGCUUUACUGCCGCCCAGGGAUGACAGAGGCAGCCCGGGCAGCCCUACGGCGCUCGUCCCCCCCCCACAAACGAACACUUCACCUGGCUCUCUUCCUCGUUCCAGAGCUGAGUCUCCAAGUCGCAAAGUAGUUGGAGAGAAAGAUAAAGAGUUAGAGAAGAGCAGUCAAGGACUGGAAAAAGAUGCAAUUCAUGAAGAGUUUGCCAGAGAGGGAGGUGGCCCGGAUAAGAAACGAAAUGUUUCAGAAUCCGGGGAUGAUCUCAGCAGCGGUUCAACUGAUAACCUGCAGACUUUAGGUUCAGGGCAGGGCAGGCCUGACUCUCCUGUCUACACAAACCUGCAGGAGCUGAAGAUCUCUCAGUCCUCCACCCCUCCACUGCCGUCCUCCUCUCCGCUCAACACCAAUGGAGACUGGGAGACUCACAAAGACCAGAAUGGCAGACACUUCUACUACAACCGCAGCACGCAGGAGAGGACCUGGAAACCCCCACGGGCACGGGACUCCUCUUUCACCAGGAAAGAGGAGAAACAAGACAUGACUGACACUGAGGUAUUGUCAUCGGAGGAAAACUGUCUUAGCAGCCAAUCAGACAGCCAGUACGGUUCGCCCCCUAGAGGCUGGUCUGAGGAAAUGGAUGAGCAUGGACACACUCUCUAUGUGUCUGACUAUACUAAUGAGAAGUGGUUGAGACACACAGACGAGCGAGGCCGGCUGUAUUACUACAGUGCAGAUGGCUCCAGAUCUGAGUGGGAGCUUCCUAAAAUCGGUCUCAAAUCACAGUCUAACCACUCAGCUCUGCUACCAGGAGAUGCGCACAAAACUCGUAGUCUUGACCGGAGACUGCCUGAUUCAGUUCCUAUCAGGACAAGACACAGCGUAUAUUUACACGAGUCCAAUGACAAGUUAAAACAGAAAUCCAUCAAGGACCGGCGAACCUUACCCCCGCACCGCAAAAGCACCUUCCGCUCUCACCCUUAUAGGCCACAAGACACCAAAACUGGCUCACCUGACUCUGACUCCUCCUGUCCCUCCUCUCCUAAACCCCCAAACUCUCCAUCAGAGAAAUGUGGCAAUUUAAACAUGACUAAAAUCACUGAACAUGGAAAGAAGGUCCGGAAGAACUGGACCACCUAUUGGACAGUUUUGCAGGGUUCUUCAUUACUAUUUAAUAAGGGCCAAGGGGGCGGGACUGGUUGGUUUGGAAGAGACCAGAAGCUGGAGUUUAGUGUGGAAGUCAAAGGAGGUUCAGUGGACUGGGCAUCUAAAGACAAAUCCAGCAAGAAACAUGUUCUAGAGCUGAAGACUCGACAGGCCAUGGAGCUCCUCUUGCAGUCAGAUAACGAGAGCCUCGUCAAUGAGUGGCACAAGGCUUUGACUGAAGCCAUACACGCAUAUGCUUGGGAGUCUGAUGAGGCCAUUGAAGAAGACAUGCCAGAAUCUCCUGACACUGAGAAACAUGACAAAGAAAAAGAGCAAAGAAACUCCAAGAAGUCCAGAGAUAUUAAGAAAUCCGUAAGCAUGGAUAAUGCAGAACAGAAGAAGAAGACCAAGCUGAUGAAGCUCCUCACAGGCAGACCCACAUUACAGGCCGUCAAAGACAAGGGUUACAUUAAAGAUCAGGUGUUUGGCUCCAGUUUGAGCAGUCUUUGUCAGAGAGAAUGUACCACCGUCCCUCACUUUGUCUCGUUGUGCAUUGAGCAGGUGGAGAAGAACGGGUUAGGAGUGGAUGGUUUGUACAGAGUCAGCGGAAAUUUGGCCAUCAUACAAAAACUGAGAUUUGCUGUUAAUCACGAUGAGAAAGUGGAUUUAGGGGACAGUAAAUGGGAGGACAUUCACGUGACCACUGGAGCCCUGAAGAUGUUUUUCCGUGAGCUGCCAGAACCUCUAUUCCCCUACGCUUUCUUCAACAACUUCAUCACCGCUAUCAAAAUGCCAGAUUAUAAGCAGAAAGUUCAGGCGGUUAAAGAUCUGAUGAAGCAAUUGCCACGGCCAAACCACGACACCAUACAGGCGCUCUUCAAACACUUGAAGAAAGUAAUCCAGCAUGUCGACAUGAACAGGAUGACCACGCAGAGUGUAGCUAUCGUGUUCGGACCGACGCUCCUACGCCCAGAGGUGGAGACGGCAAAUAUGGCUGUGCACAUGGUCUACCAGAAUCAGAUCGUUGAGCUCGUUCUUAUGGAAUAUGAGACCAUAUUCGGCAGGUAGGUCACACGCACAGGAGCCCUUUGACCAAACCCAACGGGACACAGUUACUGCUGAAGACCGAACAGCCCAUUGACUGCCAGUCUGAACACUGAGCAUAACAUUUGGUACGUUUACAUGAGAGGAGCACCCUUAUUAGAAAAAAAAAAACAGCAUUCUGGGUACAACAUAAACAGUCAAAUCCUUUCUCAUAUCUUUAUUGGACUAAAUUAUAGUCGUCUUUUUUUUCUUGGUUGGAUGUCGUAUUAUUUUUAUAUACCAAAAUUUAUUGGACUAUGCAAUUUUUGGACCAUCUUUGGAUUCAUUUGGAGCAACGAGGGCUUGAAAUAUGAACGUUUUCUGUCCGACUGAAAACAGUGUUGCAUAUGGGAGAAAUCUGAUGCUUCAUUUUAGAUUUCCGUUCACUACAAGUACUACAUUUUGCGUCAUGUUUUUCCUUGGUAAUACUGUAAUUAUGGUUUGGAACAACACAACUGAUUGACUGACAUGAAAGACAUGGAUUUUAUUCUAUCCUAACAUUUUAUUUUCACGGAAAUGGAUUGUACCCCUGAGAUGACCACUGCUGGGAAACACUGGAGUUAUUGUGCAGACUUUCAAGAUUCGGAUACGCAAUCUUUUGUUUGAGUCUUGGCCUCAAUUUUCUGAUUAUUGAUCCAAUAUCAAAGGAUGUACAAAUUUCUGUGCUAUGAAAAUAUAUGUCAAGUAUAUUUCAGGCUGUGUGAGGGCAUAUGUCCACUUCGGUCCUUAGAGAGACACUGAAAUGUGUGUGUGAUGAGUAAAAAGAGCACAUGGAGGUUAAGACACCACUGUUGUAUUAAUAUAGAGACAGGUUUAUUAAAAUGUUUUAAUGAGAAUUAAUUCAGAUAUGGUUAUUUGGUAAAUGGCUGUUGAAUGUAAUUCGUCAAAUGUUCUGCUGUACAUUGCAGAGCUUUGUCUUGAUCAAAAUAAAAUUGACAAGGCAAAUUGG